UGGUACGCGGAUUAAGACCCGCAAACGGAAUAUUGCAGCGCCUCUGGACCCUGCAGCAUUUGCGGAUGCAGUGGUCCAGAUUUAUCUGGAUAAUGCUGGUGAUCUGUCCUUGCAGUGCUACACUCAGUGGGAUAGUGUUUUUGAUAUCACUUAUGAUUCAUAUUGUGUUUGCGUUGAAAUGGUGGGAAAUCAAAGACUGUGUUUCAAGGUGAUGAAAUUGUUGUACAAUGGCAUGAGAAUUGGUUGGCUUAUCCCUAAAGGUAUAAAUGGAAGUGGAUGGAGUAACCUAGUUGAAUUGAUUAGAAAGAUGAUCAUCAUUGGUGGAAACCAGGGAAGGUGUUUGGAGAAACAAAGGGGUGAGGGCAUUAGCUUCAUAGCUGAUGCUAGAACUUAUUUAGGUGCCUUUGGCCAAAAUUCUGAAUUUUCUGGGAAAUUGACUCCUUUCCAGGCUGAUAAAGCUAAAAGGGUGUUGGAAUUCUGCAACGAGAAAAGUGAGUUGUUGAAGGAUAGGUUGGAACUUCCUACAAAACCUAGGAUUGCUAAAGUUGAUGAGGGGAUUGUUUGUAUUAAUGAAAUCCUAUCAGAGAUGGAUGCUUUGAGUGAGGCUAUUGGAUAA